GAGGAGUCAUUACGUUUGAACUAAGCGCGCCGCGAGCUGUCUUCACGAGCUCAAAGCUAAACCUAAAACAAGCCGUAUGAGCAUAAUUAUGGAGCUUAAUUAAACAAAUGCGUAUGAAUAAGACCCCUCGAUUGACUUAGCACUUUUCUGGAUCAAAAAUGCCCAUUCGAGCAUACUGCACCAUCUGCUCGGAUUUCUUUGAUAAUUCUAAAGAUGUGGCUGCAAUUCACUGUGGUCACACUUUUCAUUAUGCCUGUCUUCUCCAGUGGUUUCAGUCGGCCCCGAGCAAGACCUGUCCACAAUGCAGGAAACAGGUUAGCACGCGGCACAUUAUCAACAAACUCUUCUUCGACGUAGCCCCGGAGGACGAUGGGGCGCCAGUGGAUCCUGAAAGUUUACAGAACGAGCUCGAUCGCAUGAAAGCAGCGCUGUCUGAAAAAGAGAAAGAAUGGAGGGACAAGCAGAAGUCAGUGGACACUCUGAAAGACACAAUUGAGAAGCAGAAGAAGGACAUGGAUAGACUCCGCAAGGAAGUCGGAGACAAAGAGAUGCUGUGUUCUGUCCUCCGGAAACAGAUGAAUUUCUUGGAGAGUCAGAAAAAUGAAGGGCAGGCCGCUAAAGAGGAAGCCAAGCGUCUCCGAGUCAAAAUGAAAACCUACGAGAGUUUAGAUGUGGUCCUACAGGGUCAAAGGUCAGAGGUGGAGGCCAUGAUCACUGACAUGGGCGUCGGUCAGUCUGCUGUUGAACAGUUGUCCAUAUACUGCAUCUCUCUUAAAAAGGAAUACGACAAUCUGAAAGUGAGCCUCAAGUCAUCAAAUGAGAUGAGCGAAAAGCUAAAGAGGGAAAUGAUUUGUUCGAACAGCAAGUUGCAAAAGGCUACUACAGAGACAAACAGGACAAAGGAGGACAUGAAGGCACUUCAGAAGGACCUGUCCAGCGCAGAUAAAGAGAUAACUAGCUUGAAGAAGAAGGUGGAAAUUCUUCAGCGGACGUUGAGUACUCCAACUCGCACUAAUGAAGCCAUCAGCAGACUGGUCUUUGAAAGCCCUGCUCCUGUGGAGCUGAAGCCUCCUGGUCAUGGUCUGAUGACAGACUCUCAGGAAAUCGACCUCAACCUGACCUUUGACAUUAACACACCUGAACAGGCGGAGAAGAAACCCCUUCAGGUUCCAUCUAAGAAGAUGCGUCUGGACCCUUCAGCGUCCUCACUCAAAAACACAGAAAAUGCGCUCGGACAUAGUAAAGCUCGUGUUAAGGAAGAUGAUGUCAUGAUGGGGCCCUUGUUAAGGAACUCGCUGCUCUUCAGAAAGAACGCGUUUGGGAGCAUGCUGGACCCAUGCAAAUUUGGCACGGUAAGAUCUGGCUAUGAUGGACUUGGAGGAAGAGCCAAAUUUAUCCAACCUUCUCCUUUAUCUGAGAUUCGACCCCUCGCCAUGAAGUCUAAGAGAAAGAAGGUGUCCAGGCCUGUUACAAGCAAGCCCACCUCCAGCCUGACCACUUUGGAUGGUUUCUUAGAAUGAAACAUCUCCCAUUACAGGCCUGCAGGAGACAUUUUUCUCACAAUGCCAGCCAAAAAAGCAGUAAGGGAAGCAACCAUUUACAGCAACUUUAAUAAGGGAGGUGGUCCUAGUGGUCUCUCGCUAAGAACAUUUUCUUGCGCGAGUCUGACCUGUUUCGGGGCCAUCUGCAUCCACCAGGAGCAGGUGAUGAACGGAAAACACUUCAUGCCACUUCUAAGAAAUUUUCAGUAGGGACUGAAAAGGACGUUUAGUGCUCGAGUUGAUCUGUAUAUUUAUCUAUGUGUGUUUUUAGACUCUUCUUUGUACAGACCGAAUCGUGGUAGUGGGCGCCUCAUAUUACAGUGAAAUGAAUUUGUCUGUCAUGAGAUAGAAAAGAGUUUAUUUAUUUGACUUUCCUCACCAACUUAUCUGAACAGGGCUGAAUUUCUGGCAUGUGAAGCAUAUUUAGAUCAGAACUGAUGUCCAGUUUAUGUAUGUAUAUUUGUCUGAUUUUGUCUUUUUCUUUCUAAAUGACUUUGAUAGAAAUAGUUUUUUUUUUCCUUUUCGUUUUCUUGUCUCUGUACAGAUGAAUAUAAUUUGAAACAAUAAACUAUUGCUUCUUUUUUUAAUCUC